AGUAAUUCGAAGCUCCCCCUCCAACAACCAACAUCCAAUGAUUGCAUGAAGGGAUUUGCAGAUUAUACAACCCAGCUCUAGCUGCCACUCUUCUGCAACUUUCACAAUCAUGGCUUCCCUACCUUUCCGGGACAUCAAUGUCCAUGCUUCUGCGUCGCAUUACGCCUUCACAUCACCUUCAACACCUUCUGCGCCAACACUGGUAGUGGACCGUCCGACUGGUGACCUACGUCUGAAUGAUGGGGCUUUAUUGGGAGGAAAGAGAGUGUCAAGUAUUGCUGGCAUACUGGGAAUGAUUAAGUUGCGAUUGGACAAAUAUAUCAUUGUCAUUACAAAGGCACAACCGAUGGGUAGAUUGAAAGGGCAUAUGGUGUACAAAGUCAUUGCAACGGAAUUCCUUCCUCUCCGUGAACGACCCCUCCACGAUCCAGAGGAAGACAACUACCUCUCCCUCCUCAAGACCUUUAUUAAGUCUGGGCCAAUGUACUUUUCGUACUCUUUCGAUAUCACAAACACCUUCCAGCGUCAAUCGCAAAUCGAUCAAUCUGCUCCUUUCUGGAAGAGAGCUGACGACCGCUUUUUCUGGAACAAGUUCAUUCAGUCCGAUCUGAUUGAUUUCAGAUCCUCAGGAACCCGAAAUCAACAUGGGCAGCAACCAGCAGUCGACCCAUAUAUUCUACCUGUCAUGUUUGGAAUGAUGGAGAUAGCUUCAACGCGCAUAAGAUCAACACCGUUGACCAUGGUUCUGAUUACUCGGCGAUCACGUCACCGUGCAGGCACAAGAUACUUCUCGAGAGGAAUUGACGAGCAAGGACAUGUCUCGAACUUCAAUGAGACGGAGCAGAUCAUUAUCUUGAAUGACAGCACAAGUGGACUUGGUGGUUUUGCCGGUGGUAAUGGAAUGCAGAAUGGAAAGGUUGGAGGAUCGGGUGGGAAGGAAGUGCAGAUUAUGUCCUAUGUUCAGACCAGAGGAAGUGUUCCAGUGUAUUGGGCCGAGGUCAAUACUCUGCACUAUACCCCCAAACUUCAAAUUCGAGGUGUUGAGACAGCAGUGAAGUCUGCCAGACUUCAUUUCGAAGAGCAGAUCCGCCUGUACGGAGACAAUUUCUUGGUCAACCUGGUAAACCAGAAGGGUAGAGAAGUGAGAGUUAAGGAGGCUUAUGAGCAGAUGGUUAAACUACUGGUUUCAGCACCAGCAGAAGGAACUCAGCAAGACGAACGAUCAGAUGAGAAAUUCCAUGUUGUCGAGCCGUCCGGUCGAAGAUCAGAGAUGGAUCGAUUACACUACGUAUACUUCGACUUCCAUAACGAGACGAAGGGCCUCCAGUGGCACCGAGCCCAGCUCCUGCUCGACCGUCUCCACGAUUCCCUAGAACAGCAACAAUAUUUCCGUGGUGUAGACAUGCCAGCUGAUCUGGAAGGCCGCCUCGAUGUGCGAAACCACCAAACAAGUGUCGUCCGAACCAAUUGCAUGGACUGCCUUGACCGAACCAACGUCGUUCAGAGCAUGCUUGCACGAUUUACAUUGAACAGACAACUCGCAGAUCUCGGCGUCUUAUCUCGUGGCGAGACCUUCACAACCGCCGAUCCUGCUUUCGAGGUUCUCUUCCGCAAGCUUUGGGCAGACAACGCCGACGUCGUCUCGAAAUCCUACUCUGGAACUGGAGCUCUCAAGACAGAUUUCACACGCACAGGCCAAAGAACUAAGGCUGGUGCGCUUCAGGAUCUCCAGAACUCCAUCACGAGAUACGCGAAGAACAACUUCGCUGAUGGUCCAAAGCAAGAUGCAUUCGACCUCUUCCUCGGAAACUUCCUCCCAAAUUCCGCCACCAACCGCGUUUUCGUGGAUAGGAGACCAUUACUCAUCCAAUCCAUUCCAUAUAUUCUGGCCUUCGCCCUUUUCUUUGUUUUCGUUGGGAUCUUCACUCGUCGACUCCCCGACGCUGCCGUUCUACCCGUACGAAUCUUCAUAAUCUUCUGGUUUGUGGUUGCUGGGUGGUGUUUGAACUUCAUAUACAGUAAUGGGAUGCUCUACGUCAACUGGCCGAAACUCAACCCCAGACCCUGGGCAACAGAAGGCUACAACGACGCUUUCAACAACGUCCGCAAAGACAAAGUUAUCGGUGGUCUUGUCGCCAGACACGAGAGAGGACUCAGUACAGCACGCUAUACGAAUGCUGAGGAGGGGAAGAAGAGGAUCGAAUAAUUCUGUCGGUCACAAUCCAGUAGCGACUCUAUCUUCUACUUUGUUCCCUUUACUUUUGCAAUUGUCUUUUUCUGUCUACUCAGCACACUACAGCACAGCACAGUACGCAUUCUGCAGCGGCAAUGCACGGCAUGACAGGAACUCGGAACGUGUCUAGAUCAUCGGGUUGGUGAAAUCGACAGUUUGUUAGUGGAAGAAAUAGCAGAUAUACUAUAGACCAUAGCUUUCACCGUAUGACAGAUACAGGAUUGUUUGUAUGAUAAAUCGACAAUUGUUAAGUUCAAA